CUGUUUCCUUACAUCCCUUUCUCUAUCUCAAUUCUCAGCCCUAGUAAAACCGUUUCUUUCCCCCUAAACACACACACACACACACAUUUCUUUCCCCAACCUUGCUCUCGUAAUCUCCAACGUCCUAAGAAGAAACUUUCCUUAAUACUUUGUCCGAGAUGGAGCCCGGAAAACACUCCAAUUCAGACACUAAUUCUUCAGAUCAAAACGAUCAUCAUCAGCCGGAGAAAUCAGCCGACGAUGGCACCGGCGUAGGCCGAUCCUACGAGUGCACUUUCUGCAAGCGCGGCUUCACUAACGCGCAAGCUUUGGGAGGCCACAUGAACAUCCACAGGAAAGACAAGGCAAAAGCGAAGCAGAAAAACAUAGAGGAGCCCUCCAAUUUUCAGAGCAUUAAACACAACGAAAACUUCGCGAAUUUGAGGUAUUUUCCUCAAACAGACCAUCAGCAGCAGCGAACAGGCUAUUACAGGGACGUAAGAUCCGGGCAGGUGAACUAUCAAGUCUACUUGCCAUCAUCAAACCCUAGUUUUCAGACAGGGAACUAUUUCCCUUUUUGGAGGGCCGAAGGUUUUGAUGAGAGUCGUGGGGAUGCAGACCUGAGCCUGAGGAUUGGAGCUCCGGAACCCGUUGAAGGCGGGAACGGAGAGGGGAAUAUGAAGGAAAAUGAAGUGGAUUUGGAGCUCCGUCUUGGGCAUGACCCGUGAUGUGAUGAUCAGGAGAAGCUGUAAGCUGUGCAUGUACAGAAAGUGAGUUUAUGUAUACGGUAUAUCUUGAUUGUUUCUUUGAAUUAAUUUGGAAUUUACACCAAAAUGUUGUUAAUUUAGACUAUAAGAAAUUUGAUUGUUAUUAAUUGAUUCGUUUAAUAUUUAUUAACGGAGAGGAAAAUUAUAUAGGAUAAAGGGAGAAUGAAGUAGUAAUUAUACAUUAUAAUUAUUACUCUUGAUCAUCCCCAUUUUCAUUAAAGAACUUCAAGCUA